AGAGAAUUUACGUAUUAUGUGAAUUGACCUUUACUCGAAGAAUGCGAUAACGUCCUAAUUACUUAUUUCAAUACAAGUCUGUAUUUUCAAGAUAUUUUCCCGGUUGAAGAUACAUUAUAGCAAAACUGGCACAGACAGACAAAACUAUCAACCUUGUCAUUUCAGCUGUGCAGUUAUAUUCUGACUGUCCGCUAGAAGUAUUGUUGCAGCUAAAGAUUCAUUAAUAAUGCAUCGUCUAUCAUUGGGAAUUCUCCCAUACCGCGGAUGAACUUGUCAGCAAAGUGAAAAACUAGUCAAUUUUCUAUGACUACCUCAUUUUCCUUCCAAAGUUUUUGCAGUCUAUGGCUCAGUAUUGUGACAUAAAAAAUUCUACACCUGCGUGAUCGUGCAACCAUUCAUUACAGGUAUGUGGUGACGAAGAGGUAAAAAAAAAAAAAACACGAAACAACGAAAGCGGUGUAUUCUCUUGCCGAUAGACAGUACUCAUUUUCGUGCAGCACAGCGAUAUUUUAUUCACUAAUUUCUUUCGCAGCAUGUCAGAAAACGCUAAUAUAUAACCACAUGUAUAUAGCGCGUUUUCUAGUUUCUAUAAUAUUCACGAAGUGCUACAAACUUCGGCCAUAUGAGAAUAUUUCUUGCAGGUAAUAUUAAUAGGUUACGAAAGUGGGGAUGACUUGUUUUUCACAAACAGAUACAUUGGGAGACAGUGUCCAUUAGACUUUAGACAUGGAACAUUCAAGUAGACAUAAUGAUUUCGAAUGGGCGAUCAGUCUUAAUCAGUUAAUGCUAAAAAUCAUUGGUUUGUGGCCACCUGACAACCAUAUAAUCCGUAAGAAGAUGAAAUCGAAAAUUCGGCUAUUCUACAGCAUCACUACGAUACUUUUUAUACUUAUAAUACCGGCUUUAAUAUCGCUGAUGAGAGUAUGGGGAGAUAUGAUUUUGAUGAUAGAAAAUAUGCAAUACAGUUUACCACUCCUGGCUACGAUAUCGAAACUCAUCAUUAUUUGGUACAAACAAGCAGACUUACUAUCCGUAAUUCACAUGAUCGAGGAAGACUGGACGAAACCGAAGAUGAAAGAGGAGCGGGACGUUAUGCUGAAACGUGCAAUAAAUACACGCACAAUCGCGAUGUGGGGAUUGUUUGUAGCAAUUUUCACAAUAGUAAUUACUUUCGGUUUCUCAUAUUUCGGGCUGAUACUCAGGCACGUGACUAACCUGACCGAUUCCGGAAAACCAAUGUUGAUACCAUCGUAUUAUUUCCACGAUGUUUCCAAGAGCCCACAGUUCGAGCUAACAUUCCUGGCACAAGGAAUCACUUUGAUCGCAAGUGGUUGUUCUUACACUGCGGUCGACCACCUUCUCGGACUGUUAGUUUUGCACGUAUGCGGUCAACUGGAAAAUCUACAUUUCAGAUUGGCGUAUAUGAGAAAAUACCCAAAUUUCUUAGCAAAUUUGAAGUACAACGUGCUGGAUCACAUUCGACUGAUAAGAUCUAUCGAAAUCAUCGACAAUACAUUUGACUCACUGCUCCUUGUUGUGAUGCUUUAUUUCGGCAUAAUAUUCUGUCUAAAAGGUUUUCUCAUCGUUGAGGUUGUUAAUAGAGGGGGCAAAUUGUCAUUGAUGCAACUGCUUUGGUUUGCCGCAGCAAUAAUAUAUAUUUUAUUGCACAUGUGUCUUUAUAGUGCUGUUGGAGAAAUCCUUGUAACACAAUCUGAGAAAAUACAUCAGGCCACGUACAAAUAUCCGUGGUAUAAUGUGGAACCAAAAGCGGCAAAAAGUUUAAUGCUAAUCAUGCUUCGUGCGAGUAAACCACUUCACAUCACAGCCGGAAAGAUAUUUCCUAUGACGAUGGCAACGUUUGGCAACUUAUUGAAAACAUCAGCAGGUUAUAUAUCUGUGUUACUUGCCAAGCAAAAUUCAUAAUAAUAUUGUGAACUCAAGAGUAAGCCGAUUCUUUAAUGACACUAAUAUAUGUUGUUGAUCAUUUGAUUUCUUGUAUAUGUUCGUAGCAAAAUGAAAAUGUAGAUAUGUGGAUAUGUAGGUAUUAUAUGUUUAGAAGACAUAAGAAAGUAAAUAAGAGAAAAUAA